UUUUAAUGUAUGUAGUGUGUUGUUGGGUUUGCGUUUGGCGCGCUGCUGCUUGUGUCCGUCUGAGAUGCUGCGUGUGACAGGAAUUUAUCCCCGUAGUAUGCCGAAUUUCUAACAGAUCCACUUAAUUUUCCUUUUGACUGAUUUGAUGAUAAGGGAAACAAGCCUACAUAUGCACAUCUUCGGUUAAACAGCCUCCAUCUUUCAGGGUUUCUUUAUCCGCCAAGAGGAAGCGGAAAUUGUCCGUAACCAUGGCGAUACUUCAUUCGCCCUCCGUAGGCCUGGAGGACAUGGCGAAGCUGACGGACCUGCAGGAUCACAGCAUCUUGGAGAACCUGAAGCUGCGCUACGAUCACGACCAGAUUUAUACGUACAUUGGUUCCAUCUUGGCCGCGCUCAAUCCCUACAAAGCCCUCCCAUCUUACUACGACAAGGAUGUCAUGUUGGCCUACGACAAGCGUCACAUCGGUGAGUUGCCGCCCCACAUCUACGCCAUUGCCAACGAUUGCUACUACUCCAUGUGGAAGCGGAACGACAACCAGUGCGUGCUGAUCAGUGGGGAGAGUGGAGCCGGGAAGACAGAGAGCACCAAGUUCAUCCUGAAGUUUCUGUCGGAGAUGAGCCAGGCCUCGUCCCAGGCUGGCGUCCCCCAGGCCCUGACUGGUUCCAAGCUGAGAGUGGAGGAGGCCAUCUUGCAGAGCAGUCCUAUCAUGGAGGCAUUUGGUAACGCCAAAACCAUCUACAACAAUAACUCGAGUCGCUUUGGCAAGUUUAUCCAGCUCCAGUUUUCCAAUGAGGGCAGCAUUCUGGGAGGAACGAUCCAAGACUAUCUUCUAGAAAAGAAUCGUGUUGUGGGCCAGAAUCCUCAGGAGCGUAAUUACCACAUCUUCUAUUGCUUACUGGCCGGCACAUCGCCAGAACAGAAGAAGAAACUCUUUCUACGAGACCCAACUUCCUAUUCUUAUCUCAACAAAAGUGGAUGCAUCUCUGACCCGACCAUCAAUGAUGCAGAAAAUUUUCAGGCUGUCUUGGAGGCUUUCAGUGUAAUGAGGAUCAACAGUGAGCAGAUCAACGACAUCUUGUCUCUCCUGUCAGCCAUCUUGACUCUAGGCAAUGUCCAGUUCAUCACGGCUGGCGGGGCUCAGGUCAAAGACAUGCAACCAAUUCAGAUUGUGUCUGCGUUGCUCAAUGUCGAUGAGUACCAGCUGUGUGAUGCUCUGACCCAGAAGACGCGGCUGCUACGAGGGGAGUUGAUCAGCACGCCACUGGAUGUUGAUCAGGCCGUAAACUCAGUGGAUUCUCUGGCAAUGAACCUCUAUGGCCGCUGCUUCAAGUGGAUCAUCCAUCGCAUCAACCGCUGCAUCAAGGGCAAGGAGUUUUUCCACUCAGUUGGCGUCCUGGACAUCUUUGGAUUUGAAAACUUUGAGGUCAAUCGUUUUGAGCAGUUCAACAUCAACUUUGCCAACGAGAAGCUCCAGGAGUACUUCAACAAGCACAUCUUCUCGCUGGAGCAGCACGAGUACAACGCGGAAGGGCUGGAGUGGGUGGACAUCGACUGGCAGGACAACGGCGAGUGCUUGGACCUGGUGGAGAGGAAACUUGGUAUCCUGGCUCUCAUCAAUGAGGAAAGCAGAUUUCCGAAGGGCACCGAUGAGACCAUGUUGGAAAAACUCCACAGUAAUCAUGCUAAAAAUGCUUUUUACAUCAAGCCCAAGGUUGCAGACAGCAAUUUUGGGAUCCGCCACUAUGCGGGCGAGGUCUUCUACCACACCAAAGGGUUCCUGGAGAAGAAUCGAGACACGUUCAGGGAUGACAUCCUGACGGUACUCAAGGAGAGCAGGUCGGACUUCAUCUAUGAUCUGUUUGAGACAAUGCUGCAGUCCAAGAACCUUGGCGAUGACAAGAUGAUGCGUAAGAAGCCCACGGUCAGCUCGCAGUUCCAGGAAUCUCUACAUGCUCUGAUGUCCUCACUGAACGCCUGCAACCCGUACUUUGUUCGUUGCGUAAAACCUAAUCCGUACAAGGCGGCAGCCCAGUUUGAUGCCCAGCUUGUGGUCAACCAGCUGCGCUACUCUGGCAUGUUGGAGACGGUCAAGAUCCGCAAGGCGGGCUUCCCCGUCCGCCGCCCCUUCCCGGACUUCGUGGUCCGCUACCGGGCCCUGGUCUACCGGGAGGACCAGUCCCAGCCACCUGGCCGGCUCUGCGAGCAGCUCCUGGCCCGGCUGGACGACCGCAAGCAGCUCUGGCAGAUGGGCAAGACCAAGGUGUUCCUGAAGGAGAGCCUGGAGACCAGGCUGGAGAAGGACCUGAAGCAGGAGCUGGGCGUGCUGGCCAGCAAGAUCAAAGCGCACAUCAAGGGCUAUCUGGCCAGGAAGCGAUUCAAGAAGAUCCUGGCACAGGUGGUCAUCGUAGAGAAGACAAUGCGGAUGCAACACUGCCGCAGGAGGUACCUCAAGGUGCGCAGUGCAGUCAUAGUCUUCCAGAAGUAUGAACGUGCCCGCGUGGCACGCAAGAUCCUGGAACACCUGAAGGAGGAGAAACGGAAGGAGGAAGAGCGACUGAGGGAAGAGCAGCGCCAGAGGGAGGAACAGGAGAGAAGAGAGUUAGAGAGACUGAAAGCUGAAGAGAAGAUGCGAGAGCUAGAAGAACUGAAACGGAAGCUUGAGGAGGAGGCGCGGCAGAGGCAGGUAGAAGAGGAGGCCCAGCGGCGACUGGAAGAGGAGCAGAGGCAGGCGGACCUGGAGAAGGUCCGACAGCUGGAGAUUGCCAGGAAGCAGGAGGAAGAAGAAAGCAGGAGGAAGGCUGAAGAGCAGCGUCUUGCCCUGGAGGAGGAAGCCCGGAAGCUAGCCGAGGAGCAAGAGAAACUGCGGAUGGAAGAGGAGGAGCGACGCCUCCUGGAGGAAGUGGAAAGCCACCAGCAGGAGCUGGACCGGCUGCGGGCCGAGCAGCUGGAGCGAGCUGAGCGGCAGAUCAUGCACGAGUUUGACCACUCCAUCGCUCAGCUUGCAGCUCAGGAAUCACACGACUUUUACUCGGCUUUGGAGCAGCCGGCGGAGUUAGAAGUUGAGGACUCUGAGGAGGACGAUGAGAAUGCCUCCAAGAAGUCUGAGGACACUCACUACUUUGAGGGCUUCCUCCAGAUGAAGACGGGGGGAAUGGUAAACUCGUGGAAGAAGCGGUGGUUUGUGCUGAGAGACGAGACGCUCAUGUGGUUCAAAACCAAACAGGAAGCUCUGAAGUCUGGCUGGCUCAUGAAGAAAGGAGGCGGAACUGGUACCCUGUCAAGACGAAACUGGAGGAAGCGUUUCUUCAUCCUCAAAGACACGAUGCUCUCCUACUACGAAUCGGACGGCAAUAACGCCAAGCUGCUGGGCAAGAUUGACAUCAAGGCAUCCAGACGAAUCACAGACAGCAGCUACGGUCGAGAGAACUCCAUUGACGUUGAAACCAACGACAGGACAUAUCACUUGGUGGCCGAGUCAGCCGACGACUGCAGUGAGUGGUUCAGCAUCCUGACACGGGUGAAGAACUCGCAGGACUAUGAGCUGAAGCAAAUGCACGACGAGGAGGCCAACCCCAAGAAUGCCAUCGGCUCGCUGGACGUGGCUAUCAUCGACUCGGUUGUACCCGUGAACAUAGCUGAGAGGCCCAACUGUUUUGCCAUCAUCACGGCCGAGAGGGUCAUCAACCUGCAGAGUGAGUCUCCGGUCGGCAUGAACAACUGGCUAGCAGCUCUGACCCAGUACCACAAGGGCAAGCGCACCCACAAACAGGAGGACAUCCUGUUGGGCGGCUGGCUGACCAAGGAGAGUGCCUCCACCGGCACCCUGGCCCGGGUCUCCAUGGGCUCCCGCAAGAAGCGCUAUUUCGUGCUGACGGCCAACUCGCUGGAGUUCUACCGCAGUGUGGAACUGGAGCAGAAGAUGGGCGCCAUCGCCCUCAACAGCCUGUGCUCUGUCACGCUGCCGGACGAGAAGAUAUUCAAGGAGGAAGCCUGCCCACCGCCCACAUCCAAUCCAAGUUCCCCAAGCCCCAAAAAGAGCCGUAAAAAGAGCCCCAUCCAGUAUAUCAGUAGCCCCACCCAAGAUAGCCUGAGCCAAAAUAGUCUCUCCCACAACGGCUCCACCCAGAGCCUCAACUCCCUGAAUUUCAAGUCGAGCACAAAUAGCUUGGUAGAGACGCUGAUCCGCAAUAAAAAGAAAAAACGCCGGGGUAGUCUGGGUAACAUCUUAUCUAAUGGGGUCAUGCCCACUGACACGCCCACCCAGUCCAAUGGCAUCAAGGCCACGCCCCCGUCUAGCCCCGCCCAGGGCCAGUCCAACUCCAACUCUAUGCGUAGACGGUCCAAUAGUCUUGUUUCCACGCUUAUGCGGUCUAGCAAGCGAUUAAGUAGACUAGAUCGUGAGGGCUACUGGAAGUUUACGGUGCAUGGGCGUAACUGCUCCUUCAACCUGUACACUGUGUCUUAUGAUGAAGCCUGGAAGUGGACCUAUGCCAUUCAGGAUGUCAUCGACAGCAAACCGAAGCUGGAGACGCCGUUCCAGAUACUCAUUAGGGACAUUAAGGAGGCAGCGAUGGCUGGCGAUCUGACAAGCAUAGAGCGGAUCUUCCGUUUGAAUCCCAUCCUCCGUAACACGCCCCACCCCCUCAAGGCUCCCCUCCUUCCUCUACCCUAUGGCAUGAUCGUCAGCUCCAGCCAAGAGAAGGGAUACACGACACUGAACGAUGAAGGGGUGAAAAUCUUCAACUCUCUGCUGGGCUCGGAGAAUCUGCCUGAUCCUAUGCCAGUGAUCCAGGGCAUCUUGCAAACGUGCCACGACCUGAAACCGCUCCGCGACGAGGUGUACUGUCAGAUCAUCAAGCAGACCACGGGGGUGACCGAUCCGGACGGCCUGGGCAACCUGCGGAACUGGCAGAUCCUGGCCUGCCUGUGCUGCAGCUUCCUACCCAGUCGCAACAUCCUCCGAUACGUUCGCUUCCACAUGAAGAGGCAAAUUGAGUUGUUCCCCGACACCCAGACAGCACGCUAUGCCGAGUUUGCCCUUGAUUCCCUGAAGAGGACCAGGACGAGGGACUUUGCCCCCUCCAGGUCAGAGGUCAUUGCCAUCCUGGGUCGGCGUGAGAUGAGCGCCACAGUAUUUUGCCACGGGGAAGGCUCCUGCCAAAUUAACAUCAACUCAGCUACAACUGCAGGACAGGUGGUCCACACGCUGGUCAAGGGCAUGGGCCUGGACAAGUGCCACAACCGUUUUGCCCUGUACGAGCGCAGCGGCCAUGUGGAGAAGGCCAUCGAGGACCGGACGGUCAUCGCCGAUGUCAUCGCCAAGUUUGAGCGCUACAAGGCCCGGGGGCUGAGCGACCGGGGCAAGCCCUGGCAACUCUUCUUCAAGCUCUUCUGCUUCCUGGACACCAAGAACGUCUCGCAGGGCAGCAUCGAGUACAGCUUCUUGUAUGAAGAAGCCUGUGAGGAUGUCAUCCGUGGUUUCUUCCCCACGACCCCUGAGAAGCUGGUCUACCUGGCUGCCUUGCGUACACAGUUCAUCCGGGGUGACUACGUGCAGAAUGAUUGGAUACGUGACUUGAGUGAAGUCUACCCAAUAGACAGACUCAAAACCCAGCCAAAGAAAGAAGAGACAGACUACGCCGGCUUCCCGAUGAAGCAGCGCAAGGAGAACAUCAUCUCAGGAACUCUGCGAGGACUGGGUGAGAAGACUUUAAAGAAGUUGCAGAAGUCGGCAUCAGAUGACUCCAUCCUGGAUUCUGUCUAUGCCGAUGAAAUCUCCGCCACAACCACGCUGGUUGUUGACAAGUGGAAGACACUCAAGGGGAUGAGUCCCGAGAAGGCUCAAGAGGCCUACAUGAGUGUUAUACAGCAGUGGAAGUACUAUGGAGCGCGUCUGUUUGAGGUGGAGAGCACCGACGGCAGAUUCCCUCCCAACCUCUGGCUUGCAGUCAGCUCCAGCAUGGUGGCUGUCCACAAACAGGGAGAGGCCAGCCCCAUCGAGGAGAUCCCCUACGAGAAGAUUCUGUCAUUUGGAGCACCUAUCCCCAACGAGUACAAGAUUGUAGUGGAAGGCAGACGACACGAGCUCUCGUUUGAAACCAACCAGGUAUUUGAGAUUGCCAAGUUGAUGAAAGCCUACAUCAAUGAGAUCGUCAGGAAACGUCAGAGUGUGGUGAGCAUUCAGAAUGGUGGUAUACCAUACCAGGGGACUGGGAAUAUCCUGGAUCCUGUCACGCAAGAUACGUAUUUUUGAUCAGCCUGUUAAAAAACUCAGUGCAGAUGAAAUUAUGAGAAAUAUACAGCCACAUUAUAGACUUUGUAUACUGAUCAAAGGUAUAUAUUAGAUGUUU